AUGCAUGGUUACGGUAUCGCAGAGUAGACGCAGAUAACCUCAGCAUCCAAUGCAAUCUGAAUCCGUACUACUUGCUUCUGCUGCUGAUUGAAAUUCUGGAGUACAAUCUACAAAAGAUAUCUAGGAUUAUUGAAAACCGUCUAGGUCGGAAUUCACAAAGAUCUCAGAUCAUGGGUUCAAACACACCCUUCCGGCCAUCGCCCUUAUCCUUUGGGUCUCCUCGAGCUUCUCCCUUUCGCCGACCGUCUACACCCAACUCACCGCCCACACAGAUCCGUCCCAGCACACCAGGAACUGCAGGAAGCUCCCCGGGGCGAGGAUAUACUCCAGUACAGUCACCAAGCAAGUUGAAUCAGACAUAUACAGUUGCAGACGACGAUGGAUCCUCUCCGAAGAGUGAUAAGCCAAUCCCACAACCCAAAUUCACCAGGGAGGUGCCGUCAUCGCCGACCAAAGGAGCAGACGCUCCCGAUGAUUCCUCCUCCAUCAUGGAAGUAAAGACUGCCAGCAUGAUGGCUGCUUCGAGCGACGCCGCUGCCAAAUUGACGCCGGCACAGUUGAGGGAGAUCCGCGAGGCAUUUCAAGUCCUCGAUCGAGAUAACGAUGGGUCCGUGAACAAGGACGACGUCGCUGAUGUGCUUGUGAAUAUCGGCCAGGAUGCCUCGAUAAUUUCGCAAUUCUUCCCUCCAGGAAGCGACCAGACGAUCAAUUUCCCUACAUUUCUGAAUAUCUUAUCUAGUCUACUCGCGCCUCUUUCUUCUCGCCAGGAGCUCAUGAAUGCCUUGGCUGCUUUUGACGACGAUGAUAGCGGACAGAUUGAUGUUGCAGAGCUUCGCGAUGCACUUUUACACACAGCGUCGGAGGAUGGACAUUCACCGUUGACGGAGAAGGAUAUCAACGAGGUAUUGAGUGGAUUCACCGGACGCAGAGUGUUUGGUGGGAAAGCCGGGAAACUGCCUGGAGGAGGGAAAAGAGGCGAGGUGCUUCGCUAUCAGGAGUUUGUUGAUAGCGCCAUAGGAGGAUCAGCAAGUGGGCGCCGUGAUCCUGAUACCAUCGCGAGAUAGGACUAUUCGUUAGUAGCUGUGAUCUUGGAUAUGGCGUUUUGGAAAGGCGGCGAGCUUGUAUUUACAUAGGAGAUGUAUUUUGUAUACUUAAUUUUCGGCUCUGGAAGCUGUGCAACGACGUAUAUUCU